AUGAUUUACUUAUUAAUUUAUUCGUGUUGUUUCGUACUUACUGCACAAUCCUUACAAGACGGAUAUUACUGUUACACUGGUGGAUCCUUACAGGGCAAUGCUUGUCGAUUUUUUGCAAUAGUUAUGGACGCUGGAUCAACAGGUACACGAUUACACUUACAUAGAUAUAUCCAUAAUGCGGCCGCCAAUAGAAUUCCAUUCAAAGUUGAGGAGGAGAUCUUUGAAGAAGUGAAGCCAGGAUUGUCGUCCUUCAGCCAUGACCCCGCUGAAGCUGCAAAAUCCAUCAGAGCACUUCUACUCGUAGCUAAAACAGCUAUACCAGCUUACAUGUGGGAAAAGACGCCAAUAGUACUAAGAGCUACGGCUGGUCUUCGUUUACUUCCUGGCGAUAUUGCAGACGAAAUCUUGAAUGCGGUGCAAAUCGAGGUUCUCAGUAGCGGCUUUUUCGCUAUGCCUGAUGCUGUCAGCAUUAUGAGUGGGUCUGACGAAGGAGUGUACAGCUGGUUCACAUUGAAUCUUUUGCUAAAUACUCUAUAUUCCGAUAACGUCGCCCACCCACACUUGCCUGAACCUUCACGAAGCGUUGCCGCAUUUGACUUAGGUGGCGGUUCAACGCAAGUGACGUUUUGGCCUGAGGACGUACAUUUAUUUGAUAAUUUUAAGGAGUUCGAGAGAAAUAUUGACUUUUUCGGCUACGAAAUAAAGUUGUUUACGCACAGCUUCCUUGGCAAUGGAUUAGUUGCUGCGCGUCUGAAUAUGCUCCUUGACCUUCCACAAGACGAGCAUAUCGUCCACAAGACGUCUCUUGAAUCACCCUGCAUGCCCCAGGAUUUCGAACUGCACGACUGGGAAUAUGCUCUCAGGAAAUGGAGCGUAAGGGGAAAGCAAAACUACUCCUUCAGAUCUUGCUAUGACACCGCUCGCCAGUUUAUCAUCAAUAGCAAUAUUAUGAAACUUCCAGCUCUCCGCAGUAAAAUAAUCUACUUGUUCUCUUAUUACUACGACCGUGGACUGAACGCUGGUCUAGUCAAGGAGAACGACGGAGGCGCAAUAAAGCUAGUGGACUAUAAAAGAGCUGCCGAGAAAGCCUGCCUGCGAUCCGCAAAACAACUGAACGGUCCUCACUGGAUACCCUGGCAAUGCCACGAUUUAACAUACAUUUACAGUUUACUCUCUGAUGGAUAUGGUUUCGACGACACGCAGCCACUGUUUUUGGCCAAAAAGCUUAGUGGAAUGGAAGUCGCCUGGGGUCAAGGAUUGUCGUACACACUAGUGCAUGAGUUCCUAAAAACACAAAUGUCAGCUUUCGGUGAAAGCGCUAAUGUUACUGUUGUUGACCAAAUUAUGUCGUAUAUUUAUUCUGGUACAAAUAACAUGUUGUCUUAUUUGAACAUUAUAUCCUAG